UAUAGCAAGCUACAUGGACAUGUUUUGACAAAAAAGAUAUAAAAUGUCAAAUCAAACUUAAAUCUUUGGGGCCGUUUGGGGAGUUUUGUUGUUGUGGUGAUUUGUACUUAAUUUUAAGCCUCAAGAAUUAGUAAAGCUACUAAAAUGUUUUCAACGAGCUCCCAAAGGAAGUUUUGGACAUUCAGCGACGAAGGUGAAUUAGCAAUAUUGCGUGAGAAGCAUAACCUUAACUAUAUUGCAAAACAUGGAACUCAUAUUGAUGAAUAUCAAAGGUACAAUUUCUUUUUAUCUCCUGACGAAGAAAGACUGCUUUUAAAACAAUAUGAAUUGCAUCUAAAAGAGUUCUGCAAGCGCUUCAGCCCGCCAAUGCCGAAGGGAGUCGUUGGCACAGCAUUCCAUUACUUUAAACGGUUUUAUCUCUACAAUUCAACGAUGGACUAUCACCCCAAAGAAAUUCUCGCAACAUGCGUAUAUUUGGCGUGUAAAGUGGAAGAAUUCAACGUAUCUAUAGGUCAAUUUGUGGCAAAUAUCAAAGGGGACAGAGAUAAAGCGUCAGACAUUAUAUUAAACAAUGAAUUACUGCUAAUGCAACAGCUGAACUAUCACUUGACCAUCCACAAUCCAUUCCGACCAGUUGAGGGGUUCCUUAUUGAAAUUAAAACAAGAUGUUCAUUAGCAAACCCUGAGCGGCUCAGAGGAGGUAUUGACGAGUUCCUUGAGAAGGUAUUUUUGACAGAUGCUUGUUUAUUGUACGCUCCGUCACAGAUAGCCCUGGCGGCUGUGCUCCAUGCAGCUAGCAAGGAACAGGAGAACUUGGAUAGCUAUGUGACAGACAUGCUGUUUAGGGAAGCAGGACAGGACAAGCUAGCAGUACUGAUUGAAGCUGUGAGAAAAAUUAGGUCAUUAGUUAAAAUGGUGGAAAGUCCUGCUCGGGAGAAGGUCAGGCUUAUAGAAAAGAAACUAGACAGAUGUAGGAACCAAGAGAAUAAUCCUGACAGUGAAAUUUAUAAGAGGAGAAUGAGGGAACUCCUGGAUGAAGAUGAUAUUCCCCACACUGGAUCCAGUAGGAUGUCUUUGGACACCAGUGGGGUGACACAAGUCCUGUCACCUUCUGCAUCAUAGAGUAGAAUAAAAUCUCAUUAGACUUGAAAAAAGAAAACAUAUUGUCAAUGGAAAACUUUUAAAUACUUUUUUAUUUUGUCAAAUGUAAUUCAGCUUUUAAUAAUAAUUGAAGCAUAACUUUGAUCAUACAGAUAUGUAAAGAUGCUAAUAUAAACAAUUCAGUGUUUAUUUCAGAUAACUGCCAGAAUAUAAUUUUGGAAACUAAAGAAAACAUUAUUAUAGUAUGAUACUAUGUAUGUACUUCAUUGAUUUAUUUUUAUUGUCGGUAUUAAAAAUAUUAAUUUUAAAUUUGAAGUAACCGAAGGUUGCAAAAGUAGCUGUUAAAGUUAAUCUGUAAAGAUAAAUAUUAAUAAAUUGAAUAUUGUGAUUUUAAAUAUUUAUAAGCAUGGUUACAGGACCUAAAUAAAAAAAAAUGUUACUCAUUAAACCUGGCUAUUUGGGCCAUCAAUAAUGUUUUAAUUUAAUCUUUUCCAUUUUCAGUACAAUUUUAUCACUAAAGCUGUUAAAAAAUACUAAAAAUUAAUAUCCAGAUUAGCAGGACUUAUCUAAACAUGUAGUUUUAAGUUUAUUAUGACUAGAUAUUAAAUAAAUUUUAUAUGAACUUUUU